AUGUCGCCUUCGACUCUUUCCUCUCACCACCAUCUACGUCCUCCCCGCCGCCGCCCCUUCGACGUGUACUUUACCGCUCAAUCCGGCCUGCGCUUCCGGCACUACCGUUUAUGCUCUUUGAGAGAACCUACUCGUCAAGUCUUAAGGCAAUCCGAGCUUAUGCGCGCGGGACGAGACGAAGCGAUGUGCGGCACGGCGUUCAUGCUCGUAGGGUGCUUGUAUGGUUGGAAGGUCCUCGUCUACUAG